AUGGCUUCUGAAGUACAGAUCAACUAUUCUGGUACCGACGAACUGACUUCUACCUGCGAUGCCAGUGGAAUGAUUGCAAGCGGCAAGCUGAAUCUCACUUUGUCCAAUGGGGUUACUAUUACUGCGAAGGUCGACCCUUCUGUCGAGGCUGCUCGAUUCCAAGGGAAGGGCACGUGGAGAUAUUAA